UACGCCCCUCUUCAAAUGGCCAGAACCAAGCAGACGGCUCGGAAGUCCACCGGUGGUAAAGCACCAAGGAAGCAGCUUGCUACUAAAGCAGCUCGGAAAAGCGCACCCGCCACCGGAGGCGUGAAAAAACCUCACCGCUACCGUCCUGGUACUGUGGCUCUCCGAGAGAUCCGGCGCUACCAAAAGUCCACCGAGCUGUUGAUCCGCAAGCUCCCUUUCCAGCGUUUGGUGCGUGAGAUUGCCCAGGACUUCAAGACCGACCUGCGUUUCCAGAGCUCGGCUGUGAUGGCCCUUCAGGAGGCCAGCGAGGCUUACUUGGUGGGGCUGUUUGAAGAUACUAAUCUCUGCGCCAUCCACGCCAAGCGAGUCACCAUCAUGCCCAAAGACAUCCAGUUGGCUCGCCGUAUCCGCGGCGAGAGAGCUUAA